GAAAAUUAUUAGAUGACGCAAAUCCAAAAGAACAAACCGAAUGUCGAAAGAAGAUUACAAAGCACUAUUAUACAGCUGCGAUCAGAACUUACUGGUUAUUCGAAAUGUAUAGAAUUGAACAAGUAUACCGAACGCAGAAGUUGAUUUUAUCUGAUCUUGCAACAAUGAAAGCAGAAGACUUCCGAAGCUUAUUCUA